AUGAACGCGGAUAUUGUUCAGCACGUGGACGUGUGCAUGUUCAGCAACGGCAAGUUCAAAAACGUCGUUGCGCAGAUCUGUUCGCGCGAGGGUUGUCCCGUGGAGCCUGGCCUCAGUCUCUCGCGCACUUUCAUCCUCAAACCUGAGAAGGGCUCGACAAAGAACUGGAUCGCCUUGGAGGAUGAUCCGGGGUAUGCGCGCGCGAGCGCCAAUCUUGCCUCCACCGUCGUCUCCUCGAGCAACUCGCCCGAGGACCGCAACGUCUUCGCCAUUUACGUGUCUUAUUACGUCAAGGUUAAGAUUGUGGUAUCGCCGAUCGGCGAGUGGAUUGGCGGCGUUGUUUCCCUCAAGUUGCCCUUCACUCUCGCGCACAACGACAGAGACUUGAAUUACUGCGACUCGCCCACGCUUGGCCAUAUUAUGCCUUCGCGCAUCCUCGACAAAAUCGAGACCGUCGACGAUCCGAACGAGGACACGCUGCCGUUCAUCGAUAAGGACAACACGAGCGACGAGGAUCAAGACGAGAGCCCAGGCAAAAACAUUGAGCGCAACACGACUAAUAUCAGUGACAUUGGGGUUCUGGUGCCGACGACGCUGGCGUCGAAGCAAACGAAGAGACGAGAUAGCAUAUCGAACGCAGACCUUAUAGAGCAACAGUUGAGCGAGGAGGAGGUAGAAUCGAGUACCUGAGAGGAGGCAAGUGCCGUUCUCGAAUACGAGGCCCGGCACGCGACGAUAACAACAACGACAGCGGCGACGACAGC